AUGGAAGGACAACAGCAACAAGUUCAACAGCAACAACCUGUCGUAUCUGCUUCAGAUGCAGCACCGCCUGCAAUAUCAUCAGUUUCUCUGAAACUUCCACCCUACUGGCCCAAUGAUCCAACAUUAUGGUUCACACAGGUUGAGGCACAGUUUACAACCAGGCAUAUCAUGGUGGACGCUACGAAGUACGCGUAUUUGAUGGGCUCCUUGCAACCGGAGAUAGCCCAAGAAGUGCGCGAUCUCCUACUUCACCUGCCACAGGACAUACAAUUAAAGGAGGCAUUAAUAAAAUGGACAUCUGACUCCGAUCAAAAGCGUCUCCGACAACUUUUGACAGCGGAGGAGUUAGGAGAUCGAAAACCCUCCCAAUUAUAUCGCAGGAUGUUGCAACUGCUCGGCGACCGAACCCUUGAACCAACAAUUAUGAAGCGAUUGUUCUUAAGUCAUCUUCCAGCCAAUGUUCAGUUAAUUUUGGCUUCUGCAAAAGAUGAGCCAGAUAUGCCAGGCCUAACUACACUUGCCGACAAAAUAUUGGAGGUAUCUGCCACCUCCCCAAUAUCUGUGCCACCGCCGACUGUUUCUUCCGUCCACCCAGAGGAACUGCCCUCACAAUCUGCCACAAUUCACACACUUCAAUUGCAGAUUCAACAAUUGACCCAAAAAUUUGAAUCUUGGCAAGCGGAUCAACGAUCUCGACCCAGAAGCGGAAGCCGAAAUCGCAGUCGAUCAUAUGGUCGCAAUCGCUCUUCAUCGCGCAAUCGCUCUUCAUGA